GAACGUUUGCAAAGUGACAAGAGUCAAUCGGCCAUUACUUUUCCAUUGAUACUUGGAAGAUGGACGCUUCCGUGGAAGGUAGAGAAAAUUGCAAUAGCGAUAGCGAUGAUGAAACUAUCAUAUCAGUCUGCUCCGAACCAAGUGAUAAUAAAGAGUCAAAGAUGCAUUUAUCGUUUGGAAUAAAUACCAUAUUAGCCAAGGAUGAGGCAAAAAACCGAUUAGAAAGUUAUGGAGAAUCCGAAACACCUGCUCUUCACUCAUUUCAUUUCGCUCAUCAUCCUCUCAAGCUUUUUCCUCACAGGCCUUUUCCGCUAGCUGUAGGCUCUCCUGGUGUUUUUCCUUGGAUGCAGGAUAGACGAGAAAGGAUAACACUUACUCGCCGAAUGGGCCAUCCUUAUCAAAAUAGAACUCCUCCAAAAAGGAAGAAGCCUAGGACGUCUUUUUCAAGAUCUCAAAUAGUCGAAUUAGAGAAGAGAUUUAUGAGACAAAAAUAUUUGGCAUCGGCAGAAAGGUCAUCGCUGGCUAAAACUUUAAAAAUGACUGAUGCUCAAGUAAAAACUUGGUUCCAGAAUAGGCGGACAAAGUGGAGGAGACAAACAGCUGAAGAAAGGGAGCAGGAGAGGCAAGCGGCAAACCGUUUGAUGAUUUCUCUACAAACCGAAUCGAGUGGGGCGCUGUAUUCUCAACCUGACCCAAUUUGUAUGAAUAAUUCUUCGUUACACGCUCUUCAGAAUUUACAACCUUGGGACGAAAAACGUGUAUCUGACUAAAACUGUAUAAA